AUGUCACUGUCUAAGUCGUUUGACUCAGCAACUAUCCAAGAUCAAGUAAAAAUUUCAAAAAAUCCAAGCCAACACAAAAGUUUGCUUACAUCAAAAAGUGGGGCUUCUAUUUAUGAGAGUGACCCUAAAAAUAAAAAAGAAUCUCAAAACUACAACGAACGGCUUAGGUCACUCUCAAAACCAAGGCAUAAUUAUUCAGAUGAAUCUGGAGAUGAAAUUGGUCCAGGUCAGUAUGACACAAAUGAUAUAUAUUUAUCAACUAACCACAGAUCUCCAAGUGUAAAAAUAUACAAAUCACAUUCUCCAAUCACAAAAACAAAAACAGAAAAUCAAAGCCUCUAUCAUCCAAAUUUUGAAAUAAUUCAACCCUCAGUACCAAAGCCUUAUUUUUCAAAGGCUGAAGUAAAAAGGCUAUCUUUUUUUGAAGAUUUAGGCUAUAGAUCACCAGGCCCGAAAUAUAUGUGAAACCUUCCUUCGGCUCCUUCAUGGAAGUUUGGCUUAAACUCUCAUAACCAUUCUCAAAAUCGAGUAAAAAUAAACCAAGUAGAAGACCUUAAACAGAAUAACACAAAAUUCGGUAUAUCUCUUCCUCCUGUGGUCAAAGGUGCACAAAACUCCAAUAAUACAAGAUCGACCUCUAGCCAAGAUCUUCCUUCUUCAAGCCACAAAUUUAAAAUACCUGGGCUAAAUCAAUCAUCAACCAAAGCACAUUUAUUUGAAGAAUAUUCUGCGAUAAAUUCAAGUGGAUCACACAAAUAUUCUUUCAGCAAAGCUAAAAGAGAUUUAAAUUGGAAAAAACGUAAUUUUUAUGUAGUGAAAGGUUUUAAGGAUAAUAUCAGGUUCUUUACAAAGAAAUUAAAGUAA